AUGAUGGAUGUGCUGGAGUCAACCCUGCAAGACCGCUUGCAAGGCGGCUAUAUCCGCAUUGAUGGGAGCACCAACCAGAAGGAGCGGCCUGAGUUGGUGGAGCAGUUUCAACGAGACGAGGACUGUCACGUCGCCUUGCUCUCCAUAACGGCUAUGAGCGAAGGCGUGACCUUGACAGCUGCCGAGGCAGUGGUCUUUGCGGAGCUCCAGUGGACCCCAGGCAUUAUUGUCCAGUGCGAAGCUCGCGCACAUAGACUUGGGCAGAAGAACUGCGUCCUCAUCCAGUAUUUGUUGCUGGAGGAAUCUGCAACGGAUGCCCGAUGUUACAAGCGCCUGGAGGAGAAGCACCGACACGCUGGCAUGGUGUUGGAUGGAGGGGUUGCGGAGCUGUGGCAGGCGAGCUGUUGCAGAGUUUUGCAAGGAGGGCCAUUUUGCUGA